AUGGUCAGACAGCAGGAGUCGCUGUUGCACUGGCAGGCAGAUCUGUUUCGUGUCUUGUUUGCAGUGAAGGUAGUCCGGAUUACUCCACCUCCUGAACCUGAAACCAGAGAAGAUUUUCUACAAUAUUUCUGUCGGUUCACACUGGAUCCAAACACAGCGCAUCAACACCUCCGUCUCUCUGAGGAGAACAAAGUGGUGACCUGCGGUACAACAGCACAAUCGUAUCCUGAUCAUCCAGAUAGAUUUGAUCGUUACUCUCAGGUUCUGUGUAGAGAGAGUGUGAGUGGACGCUGUUACUGGGAGGUUGAGUGGAGUGGGAAUAAUUGGGUUUAUAUAGCAGUGUCAUAUAAAAGCAUCAGCAGGAAGGGAUUCGGUGAUGAGUCUUUGUUUGGAUGUAAUGAUCAGUCGUGGAGGUUAUUCUUUUCUCCAUCCAGCUUUUCAUUCUGGCACAAUAACAAAGAGAGUGAAAUUCCCAUAAUGCCGAGUUCCUCUAGAAUAGGAGUGUAUGUGGAUCACAGAGCAGGAACUCUGUCCUUCUACAGCGUCUCUGAUACAAUGAAGCUCCUCCACAGAGUUCAGACCACGUUCACUCAGCUCCUCUACCCGGGGUUUUGGGUUUGUCCAGGAUCAACAGUGAAACUGUCAGAUUCAACAAAUUAAACUGUUUGGGUGAUUUUAGAAUCUCAUGUGAGGCAGUGAUACAGAUUUUUUUUAUUUAUUUACCACCAUAUUUCAUCUUUUCUUAAAUAUUUGUCAAUCUGAAUAGAUUCAGAUCUUAAAACUAAAUGAAAGGAUUGUUCUUUAAGUGUGUCAAGAAAUGGCAACGUUACAG